AUGCCAGAGAAAAUUUCCUCGUUAGUUGUCGAGUAUGACAACUUAAAGUUGUUAAGGUCGGGGGAUGCUAGAGGAAAAAAGAGCAAAUUAGCCUUAGAAUAUUAUGAAAUUUUUAAUACGCGUUUUUGGGAUACUCCAA